UUCGAAACGUGAGCUGAGUACUACUAUUUUCAGUGUGUGUGAAAUCUUUAAAAAGCCCGGCAAAAGCACCAUAGUUUCGCGGCCAAUUUUACAGAGAUCCACUCCUGACUCCCCCCUUCUCUCUCUCUACACCUCUUUCUCUCUCUAGAACCCCUCUUUCCUUCUAUAACCAGAUUCAUUACACAGACCCGUGUCUGCAGCCACAUUAGUUAUUUACUUAACAUUGUUUUAAUUUGUCUCCAUGUUUAGCUCCUAGGUAUAAGACAAUAUAAAUUUUCUCAUAGAUAUAUACCACACAAACACGCACACACACACACACACACACAUAUAUGAUAUGUAUGUUUUGUAAUGCAAUAGCUUAGCAGAGGAGAAAGAGAGAGAGAGAGAUGAGGAAGGUUAUGUGUUUUUGGGGUCUAAUUGUUACUGGGUUUGUGUUAAUUGGCAAAUGGGUUAAUGGGUUUGAUGGGUUUGAGCAUGAGUAUUUGAAUAAAACAGAGCAGCCAUUUUUGGAGUCCUUUUACGGAGUCUCUGCUGUGAACUACAACCCUCUCAUGGUGGGUCUUACCCUUAUUCAAGGAGCUGCUGCUAAAGGCGCUGUGUGUUUGGAUGGGACAUUACCGGGUUACCAUUUCCAUCGUGGAUACGGGUCAGGGGCAAAUAGUUGGCUCAUUCAAUUGGAGGGUGGAGGAUGGUGUAAUACCAUUAGAUCUUGUGUUUACCGUAAAACAACUCGUCGUGGGUCAUCAAAUCAUAUGGAGAAGUGGAUUCCAUUUACAGGGAUACUCAGCAAUAAGGCUGAAGAAAAUCCCGAUUUUUUCAACUGGAAUAGAAUAAAAGUUCGUUACUGUGAUGGUGCCUCUUUUGCAGGGGACAGCGAAAAUAAGGCUGCACGACUGCAAUUCAGAGGACAACGUAUUUGGAGGGCUGCUAUGGAAGAUUUAAUGUCAAAGGGGAUGCGAUAUGCCAAUCAGGCUCUUCUUUCUGGUUGCUCUGCUGGGGGUUUAGCUUCUAUUUUGCACUGUGACGAGUUCAGGGAUUUAUUUCCAAGAAGUACGAAAGUCAAGUGCCUGAGUGAUGCUGGAUUAUUCCUUGAUACGGUUGAUGUAGCUGGUAGGCGCAGCCUAAGAAAUUUCUUUGGAGGUGUGGUUCAUCUUCAGGGGGUGCAAAAGCACCUGCCACGGACUUGUACUUACCAUCUUGAUCCAACUUCGUGCUUCUUCCCUCAGAAUUUAAUUGCCAACAUCAGAACACCACUAUUUCUUCUCAACGCAGCUUAUGAUUCGUGGCAGGUCCAGGAGAGUUUAGCUCCCCCAUCGGCCGAUCCCCAUGGCUAUUGGCAUGAAUGCAAAAUGAACCAUGCACAUUGUUCAGAUUGGCAGAUCCGAUUUCUGCAAGGAUUCAGGAUUCACAUGCUGAAUUUGGUAAAACACUUCUCAAUGUCCAGAAAGAAUGGGUUGUUCAUAAAUUCAUGUUUCGCUCAUUGCCAGUCCGAAAGGCAGGAUACAUGGUUUGCGGAUAAUUCUCCUCUUAUUGGUAACAAGGGAAUCGCUCUAGCUGUUGGAGAUUGGUAUUUCGGUCGAUCAGGCAUUAGGUCCAUUGACUGUGCGUACCCUUGUGACAAGACUUGCCAUAAUCUGAUUUUCAAAUAAGCCAACAUUUUUUGUUUUAGUUUUUAAAUUGGCUCAAUUAUUGUUGUCAUCUUAUUGAGUAAUCUUCAUUAAAGAAAAUUGAUAUUAGAAAAAUAAAACAAUUAUAUAGCUGAGAAGUGUAAAUGGUUCUCCAUGUACUUCUUAAUUUCCAGUUGAGAGAAAUGCAAAUGGUUAUAACUUAUAAGCAA